AUGGCUACAACAUACGCUGAAGUAGUUAAAGAAAAUUUGGAAGCAGAUGUUACAAACAAUGCUCAACACCAUACCACUGCAACUUCUCAAGAUAAAUACUCGGAUAAUUAUGAUGCAGCUGUAUACGAUAGAGUAGAAGGUAGUAGAAAGAUAGUAGAAAAUAUUAAAAAUAUGAGUAUAGAUCGUGAUAUUAAGGAGCAAAAAAAAGCAAGAGGCACUAAUGAAGUUACUAAAAGGUCAAAGGGUGUUGUAAUUUUUACCGUUGCUCUUGAUAUUGCCUUGGCUGGUUUAUUGGUUGGAACAGUAUAUAAAAAGCCUACUAUUAAUAAAGUAAAAUUGGGGGUUGGAACCGUUGGAUUAUCUUUAUUUUAUGGAUUUCAAUGGUUUUUUUAUCAGAAACAUAAUUAA